GGCGCGAUGUGAUUGGCUAAAGACUCCUUCGUCAACCGCCGGGAUUAUAAUUCAACCAGCGAAGAAAAGCCGGUGACUUCCACAUUUACCCGGUGGAUUUCUCGCCGGAGCUCUCCCCAUCACUACCUUCUGAACAUGUCUUCCGAUGGAGACAACAACAUCUCGACGCCGGUAGCGGUGGCCUCCUGCGUCGCUAUGGCACUGUUCUACGUCUUGAUCCUUUACGCUCCCACCGUCAUCCUCCGCCUCCCGUCGCCUUCUUCCUUCUAUAACUUCAUGAUUCGCCGAUUCGUUUGCGCAGCUAUUUCAACCGUCGCGUCUCUCGUCUUCACAGCUUAUAUACUUCCUAUAAAAAGCUGGGAGGCUUCUCUGAUACUUGGAGUUUUUGGCAUAAGGAAAGAUCAUCUUUGGCAAGGAGUGGUGUAUCCUCUUCUAUUGACCUCGCUCAUUUAUGCCGGAUCUUUGGUCUUGAACUUGUUGUUACUCCUGGAAUCAUGGAAGGAAAGUGGUGGAGGAUGUAGUUCCUUUAGUAAAUUCAGAAGCUUUGUCCAAGCAAUCCCUGCUUGCAUCUUGACAUGUGUUUCUGAUGUUUCCUUUUGGCGCAAUCUUGUUGUGGCACCGUUAACUGAGGAGCUGGUUUUCAGGGCCUGUAUGGUACCUUUGCUUCUGUGUGCUGGAUUUAGGAUUUACUACGCUAUCUUCCUCUGCCCAAUUCUCUUUAGCUUAGCCCACUUGAAUCAUUUUAGAGAAAUGUACAUUAAGCAUAACCGCAGCUAUAUCAAGGCCUCACUGAUUGUUGGUCUUCAGCUUGGCUACACAGUCGUUUUUGGUUCAUAUGCAUCGUUUCUCUUCAUCAGAACCGGACAUGUUGCUGCGCCUUUGUUUGCUCAUAUAUUCUGCAAUUACAUGGGAUUGCCUGUGCUGCUACACCCACGAGGAAAAGGUUUGGUGAGUGCAGCUGCGUUAGCCGGUGUGGUUGGAUUCGUCACACUUCUCUUUCCUUUAACAAAGCCUCUCAUGUACAACGAUAGAACCAACAAUUGUCCGUGUUGGCUUGGCUAUUGUUUGUGGAAUUGAUACUCUGCACUCGUAGCUCUGAUCUUCUUUUUUUUUUCCAGUUUCCACUGAUCAUGUCUUAUUUGUUGUUUUUUAACAGAUUGUGGUCCGUUAUCAAAGUUGCUUUUUACAGACAAUUGUUUAUAAAAAUGGUAAUGGAAAUUAAAGGAGAAAAUGGCUGUUUAGGUACACAUAAUGUACCGUAUA